GAGAUUCUUACCCUCCUCCUUCUUCUUCACGAGCUACACGAAGUUACUCGUCCACCGUUCUCUUCUUCUUAUUUGCGGUUGUAGGCGUAAACGCUAAUUCCCAGUCCUUUGGGAACGCCUAAUUCCAGUGCCGUCCUUUUUAUUACUAUUCGCUUUCCCAUCUGACUGAACUACCACCCCCCCCUUCCUCUAUCUAUUUUGCAAAGCCUCUCUCCACCACCCUAAAAUAUUCCCUGGUCACCUUUAUUAUUUUUUUUCCUUGUGUCCUCGUGAGGAGCCUACUACCUACUACCACUACUACCAUACGAUGGCCCCACAACUGUUACCGGCAUCGGCCGCCGCUUUUGCGCCCCGAGCAUCAUCGGUCAACGUCGUCCUGGGAUCAAAGGUUGAGCCUUGGUUAACACAAACCCUCAAGCGCAUAAACCGAGUCAAGAGGCCCCUCAACAGCAUACCACAACAUCAAAGAUGUCUAACAGAAACAUUAUCGUCGCCGAAUGCUAUUUGGACUUUGACCUCGAUGAUGUUACCUAAAGCGCCCGAGUCGGAAUUACGUCAAGAUUCUAACCCGUUGAUAGAGGCCCUCUUUAACUACCAGCUCAUACACAUAGAGGCUUACAUCGUGCACGUCGACAUGGUAUUGCGGAAUGAAGUUGCUUACAAGUUGACGCCUGACUCGAUAGAAUCCCUCAUCGAGUAUCACAAGGAAAUCUACUGCGUCAAUGCUAAAGCAGACACCUAUGACUGGCCCGAGAAAGAGCAACACGCCAAGAAAUUGCAUGAAGAUUUUGUUCAGGCCAUCAACAAAUUCGUUUAUCGGACUCACGUUUCUGCUCUUGAGGGGCUAGAAGAGGAGGGAAUGGGAGAAUUACUUUGUGGAAAGAGUGAGGAAGUCAAGAACAACAUAAUGGGAUUGUUGAAUAAGCCGUUGCUGCCGCCGCCGCCGAAGAUUGUCGAUGUCGUCCGCCAACCGCCAUUAUUGCCUAGUUCGCCUAUAGGCACAAACAUGUGGUCGCAGUCUGUCCAUUCACCUGCGCUUCCCGCUCCGGUUGAGCCAUGGCGUGUGCUGCCUUCCAGCCCUAGUGUUACGUCUUCGGUAGAGUCGACAACGCCGAUAUGGGCCAACAUGAGCUUGCAUGAGAUUCAAGUACCUUCACCAACCGUACCUUAUAGCCAACCGUAUUCGACGGCAGGGAUGUUUUACAGUUCACCCAUGGUCACCUCACCUAUUCCGGCACUACCGCUUCCCAGCAUGUUGGCGUCGCAAUGCGGUGUAGGUGUAGGAUACGGCGGCUUCGGUUGGGAUCGAUACCAGGAAUAUGCGACGACAAUAUGACAAUCAACGCCCACCACGGGAGAUCGCUAUCCAGUGGUCACGACCUCGUAGCAGUGUCCUUAACUCCUAUGGCGAUUUCGGUUCUUGUUCCACCCCUAUUCAAACAAGGCAUCCACGGCAUAGAUCCCAUCCCGUCCCAAGGCAUCCCGGCGUUUUGCAUCAAGUUGGAGCGAACUUUCGAUCUUUUGGCAUAUAUAAUAUUUUGGUUUUCCUUUACGUAUUUUUGUUUAACAAGCGAAGCGUCUGAUUUUUCUGAGGGUCAUA